CAAAGAUGGCCACCUCGUUUGCCAACACUCAGGUCAGCGGCAAGGCUGCGACUCGCCAGGUGGCGCAGGGCCGUGUCGCCCCAUUCCGGGCGACUGGUGUCCGCAAGGCCUCUGUGCCGCAGAUCCCCGGCUCUCUCUUUGCUGGUGUUUCUGUGCCUCAGCGUGUGUUCGCUUCGAGCGGCGCCCGCGGUGUGUCCCGUGCGGUCCAGACUGUUUUUGCCUUGAGGGACGGCGCUGCUUUGGAUGGUCGCAAGCUGCGCGUGGCCGUCAUCGGCGGAGGCCCAUCGGGUGCUUGCGCUGCCGAGACUCUUGCAAAGGGCGGUGUGGAGACCUACCUGAUUGAGCGCAAGUUGGACAACUGCAAGCCAUGCGGUGGUGCGAUCCCUCUAUGCAUGGUGGAGGAGUUUGAUCUGCCUCUGGAGAUUAUUGACCGUAAGGUCACCAAGAUGAAGAUGAUCUCCCCUUCAAACCGUGAGGUUGAUGUUGGCAAGACCCUCAGCGAGACCGAGUGGAUUGGCAUGUGCCGCCGCGAGGUUUUUGAUGACUUCCUGCGCAAGCGCGCUGAGAAGCUCGGCGCCAACAUUGUGAAUGGCCUGUUUAUGCGGUCGGAGAAGCAGGGCUCUGACGGCCCCUUCACCAUCCACUACACCAGCUACGCCGAUGGCAGCAAGAUGGGUACCCCUUCGACUCUGGAGGUGGACAUGAUCAUUGGCGCUGAUGGUGCCAACAGCCGCGUGGCGAAGGAGAUCGACGCCGGCGAGUACGACUACGCCAUUGCCUUCCAGGAGCGUAUCCGCAUCCCCGACGACAAGAUGAAGUACUACGAGAACCUCGCGGAGAUGUACGUCGGCGAUGACGUGUCACCGGACUUCUAUGGCUGGGUGUUCCCCAAGUACGACCAUGUGGCCGUGGGUACCGGCACCGUCGUGAACAAGACCGCCAUCAAGCAGUACCAACAGGCCACCCGCGACCGCUCCAAGGUGAAGACGGAGGGCGGUAAGAUCAUUCGCGUGGAGGCUCACCCCAUUCCGGAGCACCCCCGCCCCCGCCGCUGCAAGGGCCGUGUGGCGCUGGUCGGCGACGCGGCCGGCUACGUCACCAAGUGCUCGGGUGAGGGCAUCUACUUCGCCGCCAAGUCGGGUCGCAUGUGCGCCGAGGCGAUUGUGGAGGCGUCGGCCAACGGCACCAAGAUGGCGGGCGAGGACGCGAUCCGCGUCUACCUGGACAAGUGGGAUCGCAAGUACUGGGCCACGUACAAGGUUCUGGACAUUCUGCAGAAAGUGUUCUACAGGUCCAACCCUGCCCGCGAGGCUUUCGUUGAGUUGUGCGAGGACAGCUACGUCCAGAAGAUGACGUUCGAUAGCUACCUGUACAAGACCGUGGUGCCAGGCAACCCCCUGGACGAUGUCAAGCUGCUGGUGCGCACCGUCUCGAGCCUGCUCCGCUCCAACGCCCUGCGCUCCGUCAACAGCAAGUCGGUCGACGUCUCGUUCGGCUCCAAAGGGAAUGCUGAGCGCGUUGCCACGGCAUAAGUGCGUACCAGUCUAGGUUUAAGCAGCGAGUGAACGAGUGUCUGUCUGAUGUUGAGUGAUGAAGAUGAGUUCCUGUGACGAACUGGCGCGACCGGCAACAGGGGUUCAUUGCACGCGAUCCAGGCUGCUGCUGGGGUUGCAGCUAUUGGACUUCGCUUAAAUACAUGCUGGCAUGGCCUUGUUGACCUUGAGUGGGUGGGAAGUUUGGGUUAAUCGUGAGCAUGCGCCAAGUUUUGUCAUCUUGUCGUAUCCGCGGCGCAUACGCCCAACCAGCGAGUAGUAUGCGCGCAGUUUGCGUGAGAGCUGCGUGAACUGCUGCACCAUACGCAUUCCGCACUGUGACAUACAUCGUGAUGUAUGUGUUUGGGCAAGUGCGUGGCGUGUCGAGGAGCAAGGGCGUCCGCCGGUCGGGUUUGUCCUCGUGACUUUUGACUUGUGAUUUUAACCCUGAUGGUGCUGACAUGGAGUGGAGGGAGGCAUCAUUCGAGCACAUACGGCUGUGCUCGAAGUUCCUGCGCAAGGAGGAUGACUAGCAUGUCGCCGUUGUAAAACGCGCGUUUUAUGCGUUGUGGUAGUGCUGGUUUAUUUGCUCCUGAGGCCUGCAUUGAAGAACAUAUCGUCGCUGGCUAAAAACGUCGCGACAAUUGCUCGACUUCGGAGUGGUUGCAGAAGUGGAUGAUUAGUCGGAAGCGGAUCCUGGAAGGAGUGACGCAAUGUGUGGAGAAAUGAAUACAGCUAUGAUUUCGGUUCUGAUGCGAAACAUAAUUAAAAUUUCACAAAUUUU